AUGAAUGGGAUUGAUGCUGUUGCUUUGGCGACAGGUCAGGAUUGGCGUGCUAUUGAAGCCUUAGCUCAUGCGUGGGCUUGUGAUGGAGUAAGAGAUGACUAUUCUCAGUCCAACAAUUACCGUCCUUUGACAACAUAUUGGAUUGAAAAAGACGAUCAGUUGGUAGCAUGUGGGAAAGAAGGCGAUGACUGUUUAAUGUUUUGCGGGGAAUUGGAAUUGCCCAUAACAGUUGGUACCGCUGGCGGUGUUAUAAAUACAAAUCCUGUUUAUUCAUAUAAUAUGGGAAUUAUGGGAAACCCUAACGCAAGAGACCUCUCUAUGAUCAUGGUAUGUAUAGGUCUUGCUCAAAAUUUUGCUGCUCUCCGUGCACUUGCUACUGAAGGUAUACAGUGUGGACACAUGAAAUUACAUGCCAACAACAUAGCCUUUACAGCAUUACGUUGUUAUGAAGAUGAAACAAACCGUAGUUAUCCAUCUCACAUUGUCACAAAUACUGCACAAAGAAUGAUAGAAAAAGGUAGUAUAACGUUAGCCACAGCUAAGGAAAUUAUAGAAGAAUCUUUAUCUGGGUCUAUUAAUACCAAAGUUCAGUGCACUUACAUGUGA